UGUCUGUGCGUCUCCGUCACUCUCGUCACAAUCAGCUAGUUACACAUUCCAGGAGAGAUCGAGAGUGUGUCUAUAGGUGUGUGUUGUGUUUGUGUGUGUGUGUGUGUGAGAGAGAGAGAGAGAAAAGAAAGAGAGGGCGCGUGCGAGAGAGAGAGAGAGAGAGAGAGAGAGAGAGAGAGAGAGAGAGCGAUGUCUUGAUGGAUUAUUGGAUGGACCUUUUUGUCCAUUGCGCAGAAGAAGUCUAAUUUUCAGACUUUAUUAGCUAUGGAUCGCACAGACUGAUGUUAAAAUUGACGACAAUUGUGUGACCAGAAAGGUGAACAGGGAGGAAAAUAUGGACGCCGAUAGUCUUGCUCAACACAUUGAACGAGACAUGGAGGCCACUUCAUUCCCAUUAUCAGUGACCGCUGACAGGUUGGAGGACGGAAACGAGACGACUGGGAAUCAGUUCCAGCAGCCAGACUGGCAGGUGGCUCUGUGGGCUAUAGCAUACUCCCUCAUCAUCCUGGUGUCCAUCACUGGUAACGUCACAGUGAUCUGGAUUAUUCUCGCUCACAGGCGCAUGAGGACCGUAACCAACUACUUCAUUGUCAACCUGGCCUUCUCUGACGUUUCCAUGGCAACCUUCAACACUCUUUUUAACUUUGUCUAUGCGCUUCACAAUGACUGGUACUUUGGCCUAGGCUACUGCAGAUUUCAGAAUUUCUUCCCCAUCACGGCCAUGUUUUCAUCAAUAUACUCGAUGGCUGCCAUCGCAGUGGACAGGUACAUGGCCAUCAUCCACCCUCUGAAGCCCCGCCUCUCCUCCACCUCUACAAAGGUUGUGAUUGCUGUGAUUUGGAUUGUAGCCAUCUCACUGGCUUUCCCUCAGUGCUACUACAGCGUGACCAGAUUUUACUACCCCAGAACCGUGUGCAUGGUCGACUGGCCUGAUGAUUAUGGAGGAACACAUCAACUAAGUUACCAGUAUGCAGUGAUAUUGCUGAUCUACUUGGUCCCUCUGCUGGUGAUGCUGGUGACCUACAGUAUAGUUGGCCAAUCCCUGUGGGGUGGACGCAUCCCUGGAGAGGCGACAGACCAUUACCAUAGCCAGAUAACAGCCAAGAGAAAGGUGGUGAAGAUGAUGGUUGUCGUGGUGGUGACCUUUGCCCUAUGCUGGUUGCCCUACCACAUCUACUUCAUACUAGGAUCAUUCAACAGAGACAUUUAUAAACAACAUUAUAUUCAACAGGUAUAUCUUGCCAUAUUCUGGUUGGCGAUGAGUUCGACCAUGUACAACCCUAUCAUUUACUGCUGUCUAAACCAAAGAUUUCGUUCUGGUUUCCGUCAUGCAUUUGCUUGGUGUCCCUUCAUCAAAGUGUCGGAGGAGGACAAGAUGGAACUGCAGCACACACACACCUUCAGAGUGACCAUGACACGCAGUCACCGCAAAGACAGUGGAUAUGCGCACACCUCCAUCUCCAUCAAGACGAACAACACGUUCGACACAAACAUAGCUGUCAGCGCUGAGCUAAACACAGAGAGAGAUGCUAGCAUGCAGCUUAGAAAACAGACAUCAUUCAACACAAGCAACAACAGGUCGGACGAUAUAAAAUGCCCAGCUGCCAAACUGAUGCAGCACACACACUGACUGCUGAAAUGAGUCAUGAGGAAGACUUUUAUGAUGGGAAGUAAACUAUGGUGACAUUCCUCUGAGUGAACAUGAAGAGAGAGUUGUUUAUUGUACUAGGGACCAAUAAUCUUUCUUGUUAAAGAGGUAAACGACUGAAUGUGAUGAUCAAGUUGAUGGAUGUUUUGCCGUUAAUGCCAAAGUCGUUAUAUAAGCACGUGAAAAUAGGUACAAAUGGAUGAAAUUCCAUUUGGGUACUGGGUAUAAAUGAAUAAUAAUGAUAUUUUCAUUAGUACAUAAACACCUCAAAAUAAGAAUUGUUGUGUUUUUGUUACCUUAGAAUGAGAUUUUUAUAUCUACAGACGGUGUGGGUCCUUUUCCAAAGAGUCUGCCAUGUUUCUACAGUAACCCAGAGUGGACAAACUAAACACUGGCUCUCAAUAGAGCCAUUUAUGUUUUUGAACAUAUCACCAUAGUUUCUGCUUUAUUCUUGGAAUAGUACAGCAAGGCGAGGGCUGUACAUGCAGCGCACAACUACACAGCUAGAUGCCAUUAAAUCCUAGACACUUGACCUUUAAUCUAUAUUGUUACUAUAUUGCCAAUAAAAUAAAAUCAGUUAAUGUAGUUUUGUCCAGGAAGCUCUGUGGUAUAAAUUAAGCAGUUAUUUUUGUAAAGAACUGAAACUUAGCGUCAAGAAUUUCCAACUUGUUGCACAUUUUAAAUGAUCAGACACUAAAUUAGCUAUUUCUACUACAACACAGGAUGUAACAUAGUCAUGACUGUAUCUUUAUGUGGAGCAGCAGGGCUAAUAUAGACUGACGUCUUGUGUGAAAGUGUAAUCACCAGCUAUUAACAAAAUUUCAGUACAUGUAGCAGUGAGGAAGUCACCUCCUGUGUCUAAUAUAAAUACAGCAUAGACAUUAAAUGAUUAUUAUACAUUUAAAAAGGAAAACCAGCCUUGAAUUUAUCUUUUUAGAUUGCUGGAUCUUAGUUAUAUGCUCAUCUAUGUGUUACUGUACGGUACUAUUACUUUCACAUAUCAGUCAGACAGUGAGCAGUCUUUGAGUUAAGUUCAAUUAUUCUUUACUGAUCCUUGUAGAGGAAUUUGUUUUCUGGUUUUGACCCAUCCUAAGUGAUCCACGCAGUGGGCAGCCACUGUGCAGCACCCAGGGAACAACUCCAGUUCUAAGACAGUGCCUUCGGCAGCACUGACCAGAGAACCGUACAUGCAGUCAUACAGUAUUUUGCUCAUAUGUUGUGAUUUGACUGGUUCAUACAACUUUAACUUUUUAUGGUAAGUGUGCAGUAAAAACAAAUCAAAGUGCUGAUAAAAAGAAUCUGGUGUAAAAUGUAACAUCUAUUGAGUAUUAAUGUAUUAAUAUAAAAUAUGUUGAUUAAGUGGAAAUGUAAAUAUGGGACUUGUUGCACAUGUAUGGUCGGGUCAUGUUAAAUAUUGUAGCCUGUCAAUGUUACAUUUCAAAGCGUAGAGAAAAACUUCUUGAUUCCUUGUAAUAACAUUUUGAUGUCUGCAUUUGUUGUCAUUGUUAAUAAAUGUGACAGUAUACAUGUG